AACGAAAAUCCUGUGUGGACAGCAAGCUAUUGGGUAGGAUUGCCAGAUUUAGCUAAUAAAAAUCCGGGACACCCGGUUAAAUAUGAACAUCAAAACAAUUAUUUCGUAGCAUAAGUAUGGCCUGUGCAAAUCUGGGAUAUACUUAUACUAAAAAUGUAUUCGUUGUUGAUGUGACAUUCAAGUGUAACGAGUCCAACUGUGUUGGACCAAGCAGCCCUAACACUGACUGGGUCUGGAAUUUCGGGAAGCCGAAAGGGGCCAAGGUGGUAGCCAUGGAGGUGUGAGGAGGGACCCCCGCAAAGGUGAGGUUGGCCCAUUUGGUGCCCUUUGCCGGAGAACAACUCUGGGGAGUCGAGCUUCUCGGCUCCUCUACUUCUUUUAGCCCCCAGCAGGCUCCACGGGAAAGGAUUACCUGCCUCUUCCGAUCCUGAGUUCCGGCGCCCGAGCGCCUCUCUUCCCCUGGCCAGCGUCUUGCUGAAACUCCCGCCCCCGGAGGCUGGCACGUAACCCCGCCUUCCACUUCCCUCCUCCCGCUCCCCGCAGGGGUGGAGCCUGAGCGAGGAGCCCGCGAGCUCCUCUGUCUCUCCUCUCUCCUCGGAUGACGAGUGGCUGGAUAACAUGGAGUCGGGCAAGAUGGCGCCUCCCAAGAACGCUCCGAGAGAUGCCUUGGUGAUGGCACAGAUCCUGAAGGAUAUGGGAAUCACAGAGUAUGAACCAAGGGUUAUAAAUCAAAUGUUGGAAUUUGCUUUCCGUUAUGUGACUACAAUUCUGGAUGAUGCAAAAAUUUAUUCGAGCCAUGCUAAGAAACCUAACGUUGAUGCAGAUGAUGUGAGACUGGCAAUCCAGUGUCGUGCUGACCAAUCUUUUACCUCUCCUCCCCCAAGAGAUUUUUUACUGGAUAUCGCAAGGCAGAAAAAUCAAACCCCUUUGCCACUGAUUAAGCCAUAUGCAGGACCUAGACUGCCACCUGAUAGAUACUGCUUAACAGCUCCAAACUAUAGGCUGAAGUCCUUAAUUAAAAAGGGACCUAACCAAGGGAGACUAGUUCCACGAUUAAGUGUUGGUGCUGUUAGUAGCAAACCUACUACUCCUACUAUAGCAACCCCACAAACAGUGUCUGUCCCAAAUAAAGUUGCAACUCCAAUGUCAGUGACAAGCCAAAGAUUUACGGUGCAGAUUCCACCUUCUCAGUCCACACCUGUCAAACCAGUUCCUGCAACAACUGCAGUUCAAAAUGUUCUGAUUAAUCCUUCAAUGAUUGGGCCCAAAAAUAUUCUUAUUACCACCAACAUGGUUUCGUCACAGAACACGGCCAAUGAAGCAAACCCGCUGAAGAGAAAACAUGAAAAAGAUGAUGACAAUGAUAUUAUGUAAGGAAUAUAGUCUAGUCUGGAUGCAUUUCAAAAGGAAAGUUGGUUUUGAACUCAGUAUACUGAACUAGAAUAUUCUAGAUCUUCUCGUUUUACCUUAAGACUGAAACGUAGCUGCAGUAUUUUUCAUCAGUUAAAACUGUUAGAUCUCUUUAGUAAACAUACAAAUGUGUUUAUCAUUAGGCUUCAAUUACAAACAGUUAAGUACUUGUUUCUUAAUAGUUUCAUUAAUGUUGAGUCCUAGUAUGGCAGUUCUGUUUUUGAGACUUUUCUGCCUUCUAUCACUGAUAGCAGCACCUAAGUUUCAGGUUCUACAGCCUGGUCAGCAGAUUUAUCUUUAACAGCAUAAUUUCUGAUCUACAUUUAAAUACUACUUUAUUUUAUAAGGUAAUAUAGUUAUUGUCACUAGCUUAUUUUUUUUUUACCAAAUCUCUCAAUUUAGGAAACAUUUUUUGGAAAGGGUGGAUUUAGAGGAGAGAUUCUAAAUCCAUUUUGAAUGUAUCUGUUUCUUUGCCUUCCUUAACUCCCAAACUCAACUCCUUUUCUGGAUCCCAUUCAUUUUCUGCACUUCCCCCAUAGGCUUGUUUCUCUCCAUUGCUGUUAAAUGUAAAAGGCCAUACCUGGAAUUUUAAAAAUAUCAUUCCUGGUAAUACAGCUCAGUGUCAUUUUCCUAUUUUUAAAACAUGCUCUACAUGCCUAAUGUUUUGUGAUUCACUUUAACCUGAUGGUUUGCAUUUGCUGGUUUUCACUCUUAAUAUCAGAGCAGUUGGGUUGUACACCUUAGUUUUUAUGCCUGUUAAGCUUUACUGUGCUUGACAGGUAGUUUUGGGUUACAUUCAGUUUUAGUCUUGUAUUCCAAGUUGAUAACUACAUGUUUCACAUUUCUAAAUUUAACAGAGAUGCUGUAGCUUAAAACAUGUUUUGAUAAGUAAUUACACUGGACCUAGGCAAAACCACUGAAGAACAAGUGUUCCUUUUUACCACGUACAUAUUAUGUUUUGAUCACUGCUGCCUGAGCCCCCCCUAUUGGUAUAAUUCAGAUCAUUUUUUUAGCUUGUUGACAUGAGGAUGUCACAUAUAAGACGGGAUCAAACCUGAAAGUAAGACACUGAUGGUUCUCCAUCCUCUA